CAUUUAUGCCAAGUUUCAUUAAAAUCAGAACUUUCGGGUUUGCGAGGUUCCCUUGUUAGUAUAAAAACAUACAUUAUUACAACAUAAAUGAAGAUAUCGUAGAAGAUGCCAUUUAUGUUCUUAACAAUAAUGAUGAUUCCGAAAAAUGUAAGCAUGUGCAGAGAAUAUCACCAGUGCAAUUUCUACGUGAUUGAGAACUCGGUAUACGCGGAACGCAUGAACGCACCGUAAUACAGAAAGUUUACAUACACGAUCAAUUCGUUCAUAACUGGCCUCAUCAUAUAAAGCAUAAAUUAUAUAGAGAGAUACUCAAUUGGGUUGACACCGAUGAACAUGAAUAUGAUAUAGCAAAACAAAUCGUAGAAAAGACUCAGGAAUGCUGUUACCAUCUCAUUGAGAUACCAGCAGGUAUCGGAAGGUAUAUCAAAGUGAUAACAAUAAUGAGCCACUUUUGUUAUGACACUGAGAAUCCUUAUGUAGAGAAAAUGCUGCACACUUACCACGAAUUUUCAAAUCUUUUGAACAAUGAUAAGGAUGAAUACGUUCUGUCUGAGCAAGAGAUGGAGAUAUGUUUUUUUAUUCGAUGUGAAAGACAAAGCAAGCUAAUGCAGUUAGAAAUUUAAGACAAAUUUCGAUUCUGCAUUAGGUGCUACGAAAUUACAUGCAAGUGUCCUGUUGAAGAUUGUACGGUAUUGUUUUAAACAGUGUUAAAAAGACAAAAAUGGAGAAUAAUUUCGAGCAAGUGAAACGCGAGCUGUUGGAGCAAGCAAAUGGAAUCACUACUUUGGACGAGUAUUUCAUGUGGUUGCAGCGAUGCGACGAGUUUAUACAACAGUUUGAGGAACAUAGCCGUAUCAAGCGUCCUCGGCUUGCCAUCGGACAAAGACAAUCGUUGGUGACGAGAAUCGCGCGACUCGAAGGUGAAAAGACACAAUUACAAAGACGUUUCGUGCAUGUAGGUGGUAAUUACGCGAGCACUAGUAAUAACGCGAACAGACUCAUGUGGCGAGAGAUAGAUACAGCGUUCGAGAAUUGUAUUCAGACAGGUGCAGUGAUAAAUACAAACUAUAUUGAACCGCGAACGUUUCUAGAAGACGCAGGCGGUAUAGUGCUCGAGCGAGUGCGGGACGCUCUAGAAAAACACAAUAGUGUGAAAGUGAAUACCACAUUUAAUGGUGUGUUUGUAACAGGUGAUAAACGUGCAAACAAAAGUAUAAAUACUAAAAAUUGUGAACUAUUUCAAACGUCAGACUUGGAUGAGUGGUACGAGCGACGCAUUAUCGAGCCCACUUUGGCUUCGCUUGAAGAGUUUCAAGAACGUGAUAGCGGAUGGGCGUCGUCGCAAAUUCUUAAUUUGAUUCUAAAUAUAAAUAAGUACAAUCCUCUACACGCGGGGUGUCAUGUGACAUUACCGCAAGAAAUAAUGAUGAAUCGUGCAGUAAUGAACGUUAAUUCAAAGGAUAAUGCAUGCUUCGCGUGGUCAGUGGUCGCCGCUCUACAGCCUGCUGAAAGAAACACAGAAUUGGAAUCGUCAUAUCCGCAUUAUGCAACAGUCCUAAAGUUUGAUGAUAUUGUGUUUUCCGUUACAGUAAAGGAUAUAGGAAAAUUUGAGAGUCUUAACAAUGUAUCGAUCAACGUCUACGGGAUGAAAAAGGAAAUGGCAAUGCUAAAGAUUCUUCCGCUGCGGCUCUUUAAUGACAAGAAAGAGAAGCAUGUUAAUUUAUUAUACAUGCAAAAUCCGCGCGAAGACAGCGUAGGCCACUUUGCCUGAAUAAAAAAUUUGUUCCGUCUCAUCAGCUCCCAACUGAUCAAACAUAAUGGAAAAAAAUUUAUUUGCAAUCGGUGCUUGAACUAUUUUUCAUCAUGCGGGAGGUUGCAAUCACACGCUGUAGACUGUCAGAGAAUGAACGACUGCGCUAUCACAUUGCUCGUUGAAGACGACAAGUGGUUGAAUUUCUGUAAACCACAAGGAACGAGUGCUCUUUAUCGUCUACGCGGACCUCGAGUGUGUGCUGCGGAAGACGCAACAUGAUACAGAGCAAGCGUCGUACACGCACCGGCAGAAAUGGUGUCCCGCGACGUUCAGCGCGCGGCGAUCACCCACACACGCGAAGCGCCGUACGUGUUACUGGGCGCACGGAGGAGCCGGGGAGAUGGGAGAGGAGCGAAAAAAGUGGGGAUCGCGCCGGUGUUGCAUCCUUCACUAACGUCGCACGUUGAAGAAGGAUAGAGCUAAGAUGAGUGAGAAGACGUGAUACCGACUCGAUGGUGUCCCAAUAUCCGUUUCACUCGCACUCGAUACUAAUAUCGUCUCUCGCUCGCCAAUACCGAUGCGUCGUGCUUUCCUUUUUCUUUGAGAGGCGGCUAUCCGAAUGCACGAAGCGUCGACAUUUAUUCUAUUAGCAUGUCAUUCAUUACUUUAUAUUAUGUAAAGUGAUAAAAUUUAAUUUAAAAAAACACAAAUUUUUAUUGAAAUAUUAAUUAUGUUAUACAUAGAAAGAAAAAAAUUCACGUUUAUCCCAAUUAAUUAUUGAUUCACUUAUGAUUGCGUAAUAAUGCUUCUUUUUCAUCCCGUAACAAAUUUUUGUGUGAAAUUAUAACCAUCGUUACGGAUAAUUUUCAGACUAUAAGAGUUUCUCAUCCAUUUACAAAUUUAGAGUAUAAGAUUACUUUCUUGUAUUGUAAGUAAGCUUGCAAAAUUGAAUUUACAAUUAAAUGUAAGUGUAUAAAAAUAGUGAUAGUGAUAAAAGAUUAUAAAGUUUUAAACUUAUCUUAUCAUUAGUCUUUUGUUUAAAUUAAAAUAUAUAUUUUGUUAAUGUUGCAAGGAAAAGGAACAGGCAACAAACGAUAAUCAAAUAUUUAAAAUAUUGUCUAAAUUUAUUUAAUUGAAUUGAUAAACAUUAUGACUGUUAUGAUGACAUUAUUUCUGUCAUGUAUUCUGGAAUUAGUUUGAUAAAAUUGUCAGUUUUUGAACAGAUAUAACUGGGAUUUGGUAAGUUUAUGUAUUUUUUAACUGAAUCGAGUAAAUAGCAUAUAAAAUUUAAUUAUGUUAAAUGUUAAAUGAACAAAAAAUUAACUUACAAUCUAUCUUACAAACUACAAUUAACUUACAAACUAUCAACAUUAAAUAAAUGUUAAAAUAAAAUUUUUAUUAUCUUUUAAAAUUAUUAUUUACAUAUAAUUAAAGUUUCUAAUUAAAAAAAAACAUUAUUAAACAAAACAGUUAUCGUAUGAGUUAUUAAAUAAAUUUUAAUAGUUUUUCAUUCCAGCUUAUGUGUCUCACUCACACGGUGAACCAUAUGUAUUCUUUUUUCUUCUUUUGCUUGUUGUUUUGUUACUAGGAGACCGCAUAUUUCAAAUGUUUGUUACUAUUUUUGCUUAUUAAAUUAUUUAUCGUGGUGUCAUAGCACUGAGCGGACGUAAUUCUGCAAUUGUGAUAACGAUGCCUAAAAACUUGUGUCCGGAAAUGCGAGGUCGUAUUGUUGGGCAGUGGCAGACCGGAAGAUCAGUAGCUGAAAUUGCUGCUAAAAUUUCGUGUUCUGUGAAAACUGUCCGACGAUGGAUACAGCGUUUUACGGAUGGCGGUGAUCAUGCUUUGCAUGAUCAUCGUCGAAAUAAUCGGGCUCCCCGAAAGACUCAACCAGAAGAAGUUGAGGCUAUCGUUGCCGCAGUUGCUGAUCAACCCUUUGGCACCAUCCAAGAGGUGAUCAACGCAACGAACGUCGAAGUAUCCGAUAGGACCGUCCGGCGACGUCUCAACGAAGCUGGAUAUCACUGUUACCGUCCAGCCCGCAAAAUUCCGCUGACUCCCUUUCAUCGGAAGCAGCGCAUCGCGUUUGCUUUGGAAAACCUGGUGACGAGCCAUGAGGAAUGGGAGGCAACAUUCUUUACGGAUGAGAAAUCCUUCGUAUCGUCUGCCGACCGCAUACCUCACGUAUGGCGACCACGAGAUCAACGGUUGCAUCCGAACCAUGUUGUGCCUCUUUACAGAAGUGGGAGGAUUUCAUGCUCAUUGUGGGGCUGGAUUAAUGGCACUACAAUCGGAGAGCUGGUGGAGACUCCUCCACGAAUGACCUCUGCAGAUUACAUUCGCAUACUGGAAGAUGUUUUUCUUCCAUCAGUACGCGCAAUUUAUUCUGUAGAGGACAUGCCAGUUAUUCGAUUAGUGCAGGAUAAUUCUGGAGUCCACACUUCGCGUGAAACGCAGGCAUAGUUUCGGAAUCAUCCGGAGAUCAAGUUGGUUAACUGGCCUGCUCGUUCACCAGAUCUAAAUUUGAUCGAAAA